CCCCCUACAGUUUAGCCAAUGCCUCGUUACCCAAGUUAGGGUUCCAUCAAUCUCGUCCGUUCCAUUUGCUCACCUUUUCGAUUUUACUUAUUUAAAAAACUACAGUUGUUUAUUUAUUGCUUUAUUUUCUUAAUUGUUGAUAGUUGGUGCAAUCUCAUCCAUGGCUGGUGGAGCAAAUUUCCUUCAUAGAGUUAUUUCUUAUGUCGCCAAUGAAUUAAUCGUCAAUGGCCUCGCCAACAGCCCUGCUUUUCAAAGAUUUGCAGUGAGGUCAUCAAGGAGAAUGGAGGAUCUAUCUAAAAUGGCUCAGCAAAAGAGGCAAGAACUUGCUAGUAAGGUGGAGGAUGUGUCCAAAAAUUUUGAGUCUUUCAAGAACCAGUGAUUUGGAAGCUCGGUGUACAGGGUACCUCCUAUUUACUGUUUCUGACUUCCGUUUCUUCUAAAGCUUCAAGCAUGUAGGAAUUCAAAAGCUUAUUUCUGUCUUUUCAACUAUUUUUUGUUUGGCAAAUUUGCUACUAAUAUAAUACGUGGGAGUUAGGACUUGGAGAGGACAUGAAGGACAUUUUCAGAAAUAUGAUGUUUAUUCAUUGUACAAUGUACUUCGUUUUGUAGACUUUGGACUUGACAAAGACUCGGGCUACCUUUUGGACAAAUUCCAUUCGCUUUCUAGAUUAAGGA